UUGAUUAACGUCCCAUCGCGCGCAAAAACCAUCGAUUGGAAUGGGCAAAAGAUAAACAACUAAAACUUAGCCAAUAACCAUACUAUCUUUCACUCACACACACACACACACACACACAUGUUCAAACCACGCAUACACUCAUUUACUUGGCUCAAUAAAACGAAUCCGUUUGCUCCUGGCACACAUCAUGGCUCUGUGCUAGUUAUGAUGAUUUCUUUACCAACCGAUGGCCAAACAUUUUCGGUCAGUAGUUCAUUCAAAGCGCUUACAAUUUCAGCACGCAAACACAGGAUACUCGGUAAUCAAUAUCGAAAUGUUCGUUUUAGUUGAAUUUAUUGCGCAAAAUUUCAAUGGAUUUUGAAAGCGACAACUCAUGCACCAUUUGAUCGAUUUUCAAAAGAUCUCAGGCCAAUGGACAAUUUCAACAAAUACGAAAAUAAUAAUCAUUUUUUGUAUCACACAAAUUUUCAUCAUCAAACUAUAUUAGAUGAAUCAUGCCUGGAUUAAAAAUAAUAUUUAUUAUGUUAUAUGUUAUCACAUAUGGCAGUUGUGAAUUUAGUGAACUUGUAAAUAUCGAUGCGAUCAUUGAUAGUGCAAAACAACUUCCAGAGUUCAACGUUCAAGUUUUAACAGAUCAAGAAGAGUCAAUUAAAUUAAAAGAACAAUGGAACGAACUCAAAGCCAAUCUAAGUGGAUCUGUUUUGAAAGUGGUCACUCUUGAAGAUCCACCGCUAAGUUACACCGAAGUAGAUAGUAGUGGAAAAUUGGUGGGCAAAGGAGUAGCUUUCAAAUUGUUUCAGUUUUUAAUGGAUAAAUUCAAUUUUACAUAUGAAAUUGUGAAACACGAUCGCAACAUAAUUGGAUCUAUUGAAGAUUUAAAUGGAAGUUUACUACAUACAUUAUCCAAAAACGAUGCGGAAGUUGCAGUGGCAUUUCUACCAGUUCUAUCGGAUACACGUGAUUUUGCAAAAUAUUCGAAGACAAUAUUAGACGAAGGCGAAUGGAUAAUGUUAAUGAGGCGUCCCGUAAUGUCUGCAACAGGAACUGGAUUACUCGCACCAUUUACGCUACAAGUAUGGAUUUUGAUUUUGGUAUCGUUGCUUGUGGUCGGCCCGUUGAUCUACUGUAUUAUCAUUCUUCGGUACAAACUCACCGGUGAUACAGAACAGCAAAAAUAUGCUCUACCACAUUGUAUGUGGUUUGUCUAUGGUGCAUUGCUAAAACAGGGAUCGACACUGUCACCGAUUGCUGAUUCGACCCGAUUAAUAUUCGCAACGUGGUGGAUUUUCAUCACAAUUUUGACAUCUUUCUAUACGGCUAAUCUGACUGCUUUUCUAACUCUAUCAAAAUUCACAUUGCCCAUUAAUUCGUGGGACGAUAUUUAUAAAACUCAAAAAGAAUUUGUUUCCAUAAAAGGCGGAUGCGUUGAAUAUGCCAUAUUGAAUUCAAAUGAGUCGCUUACAGUGAUGCGUACGAUGUACGAUGAUCAUCGGAUAAUAUUCUCUGAUAAAUCGGACAAUGACACCCUAAAUGAAUACGUGUUCCGUGAUAAUUAUGUGCUGGUACGAGAUCGUCCGGCGAUAAAUCAUUUAAUAUAUAAUGACUAUCAAGAUAGAAAAGCAAAAAAUCCUGCUGACGAGAAGAAGCAAUGUCCAUUUGCCACGGCAAAAGAGCCAUUCAUGAAGCGAAAACGUUCAUUCGCCUACCAACUUAAUACAGAUUUAAAUAUCAUUUUUGAUGCCGAAUUGUUGACUUUGGUCGAAACGGGCAUUGUAAAAUUUAUGCUUGGCGAAAAUCUAACAAAUGCCGAAAUUUGUCCGCAAAAUCUCGGUGGCACCGAACGACAACUGCGAAACAGUGACCUGUCGAUGACUUAUUAUAUUAUGUUAGCCGGUUUUUGUACAGCGGUUAUGAUUUUCUUAACGGAGAUAAUGUUCAAAUUGAUAAAUCGCCGCCUGAAUUAUGACAAUUUGAGGUUUCAACAAUCGCCGCUCGAUAAAAAUGUUAGCAAUGACCGAAUUAAGAAGAAAAUUCUGAAUGUAACACCACCGCCAUCCUAUCAAACGUUAUUUGAUCGCAACAAAAUUUUCACAACUGACGAACACGUUAAGACAUUAAAUGUGAACAGUGGUGUAAAACGUUCAAUAAAUGGGAGGGAUUAUAUGGUCUUCCUGUCAAACGACGGUGAACCGAGACUCGUGCCACUCAGAACACCAUCCGCCGCUCUGUUCCAAUAUGCCUACACAAAAUAAUACAAUUAGAUAUGAGCGGAAAAUUCAGUUUCCGUUGUAAAAUCUUAACAGAGUUAACAUACAUAGUUCCACAGAAAUUCAUUUAGCACAAAAAAGGAAAACAAAAAACAAUCUCUCUUAAAUAUGUAGAUUAUUUGUAUCUUGUUAAUGAUAAACAUGAUGAAGAUGUGAUGCAUUUUGUAAUCAUGUAUUUUAUUGUCGUGGACGCAGAAAAAGAGAUGACCACGAGGGGAGCGGGGAACACUGAAUUUUAUUUAUACGAAUUUGGAUAAAUGUUCAAUUUGAUAUGAGGCACAUCAUCAGUCACCCAUACUGAAUUAAGGAAUUACGAAUAAGAACUAUUUAAAAUAAGUACCUUUUUGAAAAGUGGGACAUGAAUAUUUGUUAUGGUUUUUUUUAUAAAAUUUUCGAUAAAAUUAGGAACGGAGGUCACAAUCGAACACUUUUCGUUAGACAAUUGAAAUUUUUUUUUUGUUUCAAUUUUCUCACAAUAUAAUAAUAAAUUUUCCCGUGAAAUUCCAGUCAAAAUUCAUGCAAAAACACUUUCUCUUUUUCUCUCUCUCUCCCUCUCUCUCAUAAACAGCAAACAAAAAAUACGAAAUCCGACUAUGUGAAAUGUUCAAUCUGUUCAAAGGUAUAUUCCAAAUUUGUAACAAGGAGCAAUCUAUUAGGCACAAAACGAUAUUUUGGAACAGUUCGACAAAAAUGUUAUAAAUACGAAGGUAAUUUGAAGCGUUGGUUCCGAAAGCUGUCUACACGAGACACAUGCUAGAUACGAACUGAACGAGAUACAAGAGAAAGGAAAUAUAUACUCAAACAGGCCGGACAGAAAAAAUUUAUAAUCGCGAUGUAAAAGCUGCAUGUUUGUAGGCCAACAAACACGCACAGAUACGUAUAAAUACAUUGCUGUUGCAUAUACAGUACACACAUAUCUACUUGAUAUGUGUGAAGCCAAUUUAAAAAAUAAUAAAUUAACCCUCUAGUGCGUUCAUUUUUUUCCAAUGUUAGGAUUCUUAGUAAAUGUUUAAGUGAAAAUACUUAGAAAAGUAUCUGAAUUAGGAUACGCCAUAGGAUACUACUAGGGGCUUUCUACUAUUCGCGAAUGGCAGUUUAGUCGCAAAAUAUAAACUUUCCCUAUUCAUGCGUGAAAUAUACCCGUGUACAAAAAAAGUGACUGACUAUUUUGGGACAAACUGACUGACUAUUGACUGUAAAA